AUGUCUGCCCUCUUCUUGUCGAACGCGUACACGGGGGCGACCUUGUGCAGGCGGUACGGCGAGCUCUGGCGGUGGGACGAGUGGUUGCUCCGCCAAGCGAUCAUUCCCGCUUCGCGGUUAUGCGUGCACAAGCAGGGUGGCAAUGCGUCAAUAUGGACUCUCCUAGAUAAGUACCACUCAUGCAGCUCGCACUGGCCACCCACGUUCCGUUCUGCGCAGCGCUCGACCAUCACUGUCUUGCACCUCCACACGUUCGUCCUCCGGGCGCAUGCAUUGCAAGCCGAAGCGGUCAUCCGGACGUCCCGAGACGGCACGGAGAAGGCGCACAGGUGGAUCAGCGCUGCGCGCUCGGUGGAGUACCGCACGAUCCUGACUGCCAGCACACAGUUUCCCAAGGCCGGCGAGCGGAACAUCCAGGCUGACGACCUAGCGACCUCAGUGUCGCAGUGUGUGAGGCAGGUGGUGCAGUCGGCGAUGUACGGAUACGGUGAUGCGGAGCUCGCGAACCGGACCUUCCGCCUGAGACACAAUGAUCCGGUAUUCGCUUCGAUAACACCGGCGCAGGAGAAUCACGAGCAACUGAAGGAGGACUGGAGGAAAAGCGAUGCCACCAUGACCUUGCAUAUCACGAUCCGUCCCGGCGCAUUGGGCGGUAACCGCUCUCUCAAGGCUGCCGUCGCACCCGCAGACGGCCAGUUUGAUGAUUCCGGUCUCUUCGUCGCCGACAAGGCGACCCACGAGUCCGCAGCAACGACCCUCGCUGCGCUCGCCCAAAAGGAUGGCCCCAAGGCCCUCCAGUCUGUCGGCUUCAACGAUGCUGCUAUCAAGGCCCUCAGCGACAAGAAGUCGCCCACGGCGCGUGAGGGUGCAGCGAACACCGUCGCUGUGAUCACCAAGUCCGACGCUGUGAAGGCUCUCGAGCCCCUUUUCAUUGACUCCGGACUCUACGCUGCUCUGCUCGAAUGCUUCGCCGACAAGAUGCCCGCUGUGCGCACGGCCGCCAUCGACGCAGUGAAGGCGUACGUUAUCAAGACGGUCGGCAAGUGGCAGGUCAAGACCGGCUCGCUCACUGUCCUCAACCAGCUUGUUACAAGCGCGCCUCUUCAGACUGCGCGUCUCACCCCAGAGAUCGUCCCCAUCCUCGCUGAGGCGAUCUGGGACACGAAGGCUGACGUGAAGAAGGCUGCGAAGGAUUCGCUUGAGAGGGCCACGGCUCUAGUUUCCAACAAGGAUAUAGAACACUUCAUUCCUGCACUCAUCAAGGCUCUGAUCAACCCCGUUGAGGAGGUUCCCAAGACCAUCAACCUCCUCUCGGCCACCACAUUCGUUUCGGAGGUAGACUCCGCUACGCUCUCACUCAUGGUCCCUCUGCUUUCUCGCGGUCUUAGUGAGAAGCCUACUGCUACUAAGCGCAGGGUCGCCGUAAUCAUCGACAACAUGGCUAAGCUCGUAGACUCCGCUGUCACUGUUCGUCCCUUCAUCCCGAAGCUGCUCCCAGGACUUCUUAAAGUCGAGACGACCAUCGGUGACCGCGAGGCUCGCAGCGUCGUUGGCCGUGCUGUCGCCACCCUCCGUCAAGUCGGUGACGUCCCCGCCGACAACGACGGUUCUGAUUUCCCGCCCUUGAAGAAGGCGGACGAGAAGCAGCUCGCGCAUUCCCUCCUCGGUCUCUACAAGAAGGCUGGCGCUGAGGCCCCUUCUGCGGGCUCCAUCGACGUCAUGUACGCCAGCAACCUUGCUGCCAACCCCGUCAACGCGAAGAACUUCAACGUGUCGGAGUGGCAAUCGCUUGCGCCUUACCUCGCGUUCGUCACGACAACACCUGAGCCCAUCGUGAUCGUCAACGAGUGGGUUGUCAAGUCUGCAUCUCUGGAGGAUGAGGACACCGAAGUCCCUGAGGAUGAGGAGGAGGGCGAGGAUCUUUGCAACUGCCAAUUCUCGCUCGCCUACGGUGCUAAGAUCCUGCUGAACACUGCGACUCUCCGUCUCAAGCGUGGUCACCGCUAUGGUCUGUGCGGUUGCAAUGGUACCGGCAAGUCCACUCUCAUGCGUGCCAUCACCAACGGCCAAGUUGAGGGCUUCCCGUCACCAGAUGAGGUCCGAACCUUCUACGUCGAGCACGAUAUCGACGGCUGGCGAGCAGGAGGUUAUCGAGAUGCUCGCGUCCGUAGGCUUCAGCGACGAGAGGCAGAAGCAGGCGAUUGGCAGUCUGUCUGGUGGCUGGAAGAUGAAGCUCGCUCUCACGCGCGCGAUGUUGUUCAAGGCUGA